AUGUGCGGCUGCGCAGUAGUGACUGGGCGCGGGCGAGUGGGAGGGGGUGUUUUGGUUCUCGCCGCUCGCCGUCCUUUCCAGACCUGGCGGUAGGAAACCUGCUUGUUCCUGCUUUUCCUUUCCCUUCCCUUCCCUUCCCCUUCCCCUUUCCCAACCCAGAUUUUCCCUCCUUCCAUUUACGCGCCUCAUUUUGAUCGGCUGCUGCCCGGGAUCCGGGCCAUUUUCCGGGCCGGGCGCACGAAAGCGCGCGGCCCCAGGGCCCGGUACAUGACCCGCCGUCCUGCCGCCCCUCGCCUCCUCCGCCCCAUGUGGCUGCGGGGCCACGGCGGCGCUGCCCACUAUGGCCCGGAAAGCAGUUAGCAGGAAGCGGAAAGCGCCUGCCUCGCCAGGAGCCGGGAGCGACGCUCAGGGCCUGCAGUUUGGCUGGGAUCAUUCGCUGCACAAAAGGAAAAGACUCCCCCCAGUGAAGAGAUCCCUAGUGUACUACCUGAAGAACCGUGAAGUCAGGCUACAGAAUGAAACCAACUACUCUCGGGUGUUACAUGGUUAUGCAGCACAACAACUUCCCAGUCUCCUAAAGGAGAGAGAAUUUCACCUCGGGACCCUUAAUAAAGUGUUUGCGUCUCAGUGGUUGAAUCAUAGGCAAGUGGUGUGUGGCACGAAAUGCAACACGCUCUUUGUUGUGGAUGUCCAGACAGGCCAGAUCACCAAGAUUCCCAUUCUGAAAGACCGGGAACCUGGAGGUGUGACUCAGCAGGGCUGUGGUAUCCAUGCAAUUGAACUGAAUCCUUCUAGAACACUCCUAGCCACUGGAGGAGACAACCCAAACAGUCUUGCCAUCUACCGCCUGCCUACGUUAGAUCCUGUGUGUGUGGGUGAUGAUGGACACAAGGAUUGGAUCUUUUCUAUUGCAUGGAUCAGCGAUACUAUGGCAGUGUCUGGCUCACGGGAUGGGUCUAUGGGACUCUGGGAGGUGACAGAUGAUGUGUUGACCAAAAGUGAUGCAAGACAUAACGUGUCACCCGUCCCUGUGUAUGCUCACAUCACUCACAAGGCCUUAAAGGAUAUCCCCAAGGAGGAUACAAACCCGGACAACUGCAAGGUGCGGGCUUUAGCCUUCAACAACAAGAACAAGGAGUUGGGAGCAGUAUCACUAGAUGGCUACUUUCAUCUCUGGAAGGCUGAAAAUACAUUGUCUAAGCUCCUUUCCACCAAAUUGCCAUAUUGUAGAGAAAACGUGUGUCUGGCCUAUGGUAGUGAAUGGUCAGUGUAUGCGGUGGGCUCUCAAGCGCAUGUCUCCUUCUUGGAUCCACGGCAGCCAUCGUACAACGUCAAGUCUGUCUGCUCCAGGGAGCGAGGCAGUGGAAUUCGAUCAGUGAGCUUCUAUGAACACAUUAUCACUGUGGGCACAGGGCAGGGCUCCCUGCUGUUCUAUGACAUCCGAGCUCAGAGAUUUUUGGAAGAGAGGCUCUCAGCUUGUUAUGGGUCCAAGCCCAGACUCGCAGGGGAGAAUCUGAAACUAACUACUGGCAAGGGCUGGCUGAAUCAUGAUGAAACCUGGAGGAAUUACUUUUCGGACAUUGAUUUCUUCCCCAAUGCUGUUUACACCCACUGCUACGACUCGUCCGGAACGAAACUCUUUGUGGCAGGGGGCCCCCUCCCUUCUGGGCUCCAUGGAAACUAUGCUGGACUGUGGAGUUAAUGACAACUAACUUUCUCCCAAAAUGCAGAUUUACACUAACUUCCACCCUCAGUUUCCUUGUUUGGUCUUUUGAUUUCCCCAGCUGUGGAAGGCUCUCCUAUUUACGCAAACACAGUGUGCCCAUGGUUCAGGCAGUUACUAGGAAGAGACUCUAUGCAGAAAUCCAAAAGCUGGGACGGUCUUAGUUGGUUGGUGGCUUGUUGUUCUGGGUUUUUUGUUUGUUUUCAGUUUUCAGUAAUUAGAAUUUUACUUUCCCCCUUUUUUGCUUUCUCAAGCAAACACUGUUACAAAUCCCUCUUUUUAUUUUCCUCAAGUGACAACACUCUCCUUCCUCUGGCUUCUUUACACUGAAAUGACAAAGUCAUUCUCACCCUUACUUCACUGAGGUAGGGCCCCUUUAUAAUUGUGUGGUGGCUGUCCAACUUUCUGUGAAAGUGUGGGAGCCUUGUGUGUGUGUGCAUGUGUGUCUGUGUGUGUGUGUCUGCACGCACAUGAGUGUGCGUAAACUUGUGUGCCUGGUAGUGCUGCAUCACUGAUACUACUUGGAGUGAGGAUGAUCUGUAAUUAAAGUAUUUAUAAAAGAAACAACCUUACUCAGAGUCCAGCUUUGGGACUAGCCUGUAUCCUUCUUAAGGUCUGACAUUGUAGGAAGAGAAACAAACACACCAGAAAAACCCUUGAGUUAGAGUAUCAGGGUGGGAGAGGAGGCUGUAUCCCAGGACUCGAAACUGAUCCAGGCCUACUGUGCUUCCCACCUGUGUAUACCCAAGCAAGAAUGCCCACGUAUACGUUACUUCCACUUCCUAACCUUCUGUCUGCUCAGCCCAGACUGCUUUGCUAACGUGUGCAUCUGGGGACUGCAGGCAACUUCACAGUCCAGGUAAAGACAAUCCUCUCCACGGUCUCCUGCCUCUGACAGGGUCUAAUCUGGCCAAGAGCAGGCAGUCUCAAGCCCGACAUGGUGGCCAUUCAUGACUUCCAGGAGAAACGUUUCCAUUCUUGGGGUUUUGCUGGUAUUUUCUAAUUUGUUCUGUCCAGGAAGGCGUGGUUUGUAGUGAGUGCUUUGUGUGUGAGACCUGUUCUCUCAGUGCAGCAGGGCUUAGUGUUGGAAGUCACCCUCCUGCUCUGUUGGCUCAUUCCUAGGGUAGUGACAGGUGGCUGUGCCAGCAUCACUGCAUGUGACAGCGUAGAUAGGAUUGGUAAUUUGCUUGUUCCUCUCAAACUAUUUAGUGUGAGGUUUUGUUUUUUAACUUGAAGGCAACUGACUGUCAAGGCAGUUGUUGUCUUUCACACAUCAUGUGGAAAGGAAGCUCUCUCUCCCCACCCUGGUACUCGGAGACCUGCAGUGCUGCCCCGCAGCACCUGUCCUGAGAAGUGCAGUCACGGGCCUGCACCCAGUUUCUUGGUUGCUCCCCAGUUCUUCCAUUUUCUCUUUGUGUCAAAAGAGUAUUCUUGUAAUGGCAGGGACUGCUGGGGAGGGAAGCGGCAGGCCCACCAUAGGACACAGCAUAUGCCACAGGUUUUAGAAUAAUCAUCCUAUAAUCUAGAGAAAUAGGUGCUAUGAACAGGAAAUUAAGCAAAAUGCUGGAUGCUGUGAAUCUUUUGUCUUAAUUUUUUUUCUAUUCUUAAACUACAGGCUGUAGAUGUCUUAGUUCUCACAGAACUUCUGUCUUUUUAAACUGACUUGUGUGUUUUAAAAAAACAAAACUCUUGUAGGAUGUUUUGUGCCAUUGCCAGACCGUCUCCUGUGAUGCUUUUGAUUGUCUUGAGAUUUUCUGUUUUUUAAAAUGUAGCAUUUGACUUUUUUGCCAAGGAAAAAUAAAUACUAUCCUAGAGCAGA